AAUGGUGGCCCAGGGUGCUCAUCCAUGGAAGGCUUCCUGCAAGAGAACGGUCCGUUCUUGUGGCAGUACGGCACCAUCAAGCCUGUCGCGAAUGCUUGGUCCUGGCACAAGUUGGCUAACAUAAUUUGGGUUGAAUACCCAAUCGGCACUGGAUUUAGCAGCGGCAAUGUCACUGCCACUGACAACGCUGAGACGGCAGAUCAGUUCGUCAGCUUCUGGAAGAACUUUGUCAACACCUUCGACCUGCAAGGCAAAAAGAUCUACAUUGCUGGCGAAAGUUAUGCUGGAAUCUACGUCCCCUAUGUCGGCGCCGCCAUGCUCGACAAGAACGACACCACCUACUUCGACGUCAAGGGUGCGGUCUACUAUGACCCAGUCAUGCCCUACGACGACGCGAUGAACUUUGACCACGCCGCUUUCCCUUCGUUCUACCGCUACUGGAAGAACGUCUUUGCGCUUCCCAGCGGUGCAGACAAGCAGAUCGAGCAAGAUGCCAAGAACUGUCAAUUGGACGCGUACUUCAACAAGCACUUGGCUUACCCUCCACCUGCGCGUCCCUGGCCCGCGGCUAAUGUCAAGGAUGAAUGCGAUAUCAUUGCCCACUUUGAUGCGAUCUCAGCGGUUAUCAACCCUUGCUUCAACGGGUACCACAUUCUCGACACAUGCCCCGUUCUCUGGGAUGUCCUGGGAUUCCCCUCUAUCAUGUACAGUCCUCCCAACGCCACCUUGUACUUCAACAGGCCCGAAGUCAGAAAGGCCAUCCACGUGCCCGUUGACUACCCCACGUGGAGCGAGUGCCAGGACCCCGUCUUUGUCGACUACAACGAUAACUACAACGGCACCGAGCACGAGGAGAAGUUCCAAACGCUCGUAGAGCGCACGAACAACGUCCACGUCGGCUCCGGCCUGGCAGACUACGUGAUCAAGCCCAACGUCACCACCCUUGCCAUCCAGUAUAUCAAGUGGAAUGGCCAGCAGGGAUUCCAGAAGCAGCCUUCCGAGGAUCUUCUCAUCCCCACCGUCAACAUUGUUGAUGACAACGUUCCUAGCUGGGCUGGUGCCAAUGUGCAAGGCUCUGUUCACACUGAGCGCGGCUUCACCCACUCUACUGUCAAGAUCAGUGGUCACAUGGUGCCUCAGUACGCUCCCAGCGUGGCGUUUAGACACAGCGAGUUCAUGCUUCGCCGCGUGGACUCGUUUUCUGCGGGCGCACCUUGGUCUGUGAACAUUUCCACUACUUUCCAGUGGCCUUACUAGGCUUUGCGACUUUUAAACUACCAUCAAGUCACUACCAGAGAUGGUGACUUCUAGAUGCAGGAGGAGUCAAGUUGAGGCAGGGCGUUGUAAGAGAUUCUGUAGCAUCCGUUAAGUUUUCAUGUACAUAUUAUUAGUCAUAAUUGACGCCCUGGUCUUGAUUUGCCCAUCGUUCGCUGUAUACGGGAUACGCCGAGGACCAUUCCAU